ACAGCCUCCUAAUCUACUCCGUACACACACCAUCCUCCCCCACCAUCUCUCUUUCUCCUCACAUCCUCUGGCGGUAUCUUCCUUCACUUGAAAUUCUUCACCACCUGACAAUACAAUGGUUUCCUGCCCAGUCUGCGCUAAGGAUGUUUCCAUCAAUCUCAUUAACCAGCAUCUGGACUCGGGUUGUACCUAUCCAAAAAUUGGGUUGAGUACAACUUCUGGGCCACAGGUCCCAAAAGCGAUGACCUACUUCCCAGAUUCCAGUGCGACAAGACUAACUGCGCCUACUUCAAGCGAGCAACAAAAUGCUAUAUCCCCGGGAAAUCCCAAGCGCACCGCCACCCUAAGCUAUAGCUACAACAGAAGAAACAGAGAAGCAGAGGGAGAAGACGAGGAAGAAGAUGAAGACGAACAUGCAUCGAAGAAGCCGAGAACCUACCGGAAGCAUAAUCACCUAGAGAAAGCGAUGCCCCUUGCCGAGAAAAUGCGUCCGAAAAAUCUCGACGACAUUCAUGGCCAAGAAUUGGUUGGUAGGAGAGGCGUGCUUCGUGGAUUGAUUGAGGAGGGGAAAGUUCCGAGCAUGAUUCUCUGGGGUGCAGCGGGGUGUGGGAAGACUACAAUUGCCAGGGUUAUUGCUGCAAUGAGCAGUUGUCGAUUUAUAGAGAUUUCGGCGACGGCCAGCGGUGUUAACGACUGCAAGAAGAUCUUUAUAGAGGCUAAGAAUGAGCUUGUGCUCACUGGACGGAGAACAAUUCUCUUUUGCGACGAGAUUCACAGGUAUACCAAGGCGCAACAAGAUGUGUUCUUGGCGCCUGUUGAGAAGGGAGAGAUCACAUUAAUUGGGGCUACCACAGAGAAUCCGUCCUUCAAGGUUCAAAGUGCUCUGUUGUCCCGCUGUCGGACUUUUGCACUCAACAAGCUUUCGCAAGCCGAUAUAGAAUCCAUCCUUCAUAGAGCCUUACUUUCCGAGUCGCUGUUGGAUGAGAAAAAAGGCCACACUGUUGUUUCCAAGUUACUAGAUACUUCAAUGAUUGAAUAUCUCGCCCGCUUUGCAGAUGGUGAUGCUCGUGCGGGCCUCAAUCUACUGGAGCUCUCACUGGGCUUGGCUACCAGUCCUGGUAUUACCCAGGAACAAAUCAAGAAGAGCCUUGCGCACACAAUUAUCUACGAUCGCGCUGGGGAUGCGCACUACGAUACUAUAUCUGCUUUUCACAAGAGCAUACGUGGGAGUGACCCCGAUGGCGCCAUCUUCUGGCUGACCCGCAUGUUGAAAGGGGGGGAAGAUCCACUGUUUAUAGCACGCAGAAUGAUAGUCAUGGCAAGCGAGGAUAUCGGACUUGCUGAUAACACUAUGCUGUCUCUUGCCACUGCUACCUUCACGGCAAUCCAACAGGUGGGAAUGCCGGAGGCUAGGAUCAACCUUGCGCACUGUGCCGUAGCUCUCGCCCUAUCUAAAAAAUCUACUAGAUCCUAUAGAGCACUAGGAAAAGCUAUGGAGCUCUAUGAGCACGAUCCUGCCUUGGCUAAUACACCCGUACCAGUUCAUUUGCGGAAUGCACCGACAAAGCUUAUGAAGGAGCUUGUAUACGGUAAGGAAUACAAGUACAACCCUGACUACAAGGACGGGAAAGUAAAGCAAGAGUACCUACCCGAGCAACUCCGAGACACAGUGUUUCUAGAUGAUAUGGACUUGGGAACUAAGGUCGAUCCGGACCUUAAAGAUAAACAAUUGAGAGUUAGGGGUUCCGAGUGACGGAAACUGGUGGGAGUGAUUGAUCUUUAUUUUCAGCGUACAUUAUUUUCUACCAUACAUUUCGAACUAGCUAGCAUAAUAACCACGCCCGUACGUAGAUAUGGAUUUCACCCAUUUCCACCACAAUACUACAAUCAUCAUUUUCAA